AUGACCGACUCUCAUUCGACAUCGAAUCCGAAGCAAAAGCAGGUGGUGGCUCGGGAGCGCUUCCAGCACCGUGCGCUAGGCUCUACACACGACCAACUCAAAAAGGCACGAGUCCUGCUUGUUGGCGCAGGAGGGAUUGGCUGUGAGCUUCUGAAGAAUCUGGUGAAGUCCGGAUUCAAGGAGAUCGUUAUCAUCGACCUCGACACGAUAGACCUGAGCAAUCUCAACCGCCAAUUUCUAUUUCGGCACGAGCACAUCAAGAAACCCAAGGCACUGGUAGCGAAAGAGGUGGCCCAGAAGUUUGAUCCGCGCGCGACGAUCGUAGCGCAUCAUGCGAACAUCAAAGACGAGCAGUUUAACGUGGAGUGGUUUGCUGCAUUUACCAUUGUGUUCAACGCCUUAGACAACCUCGAUGCGCGCCGACACGUCAACCGCAUGUGUCUGGCAGCUGAUGUGCCUCUGAUCGAAUCAGGCACUACUGGCUACAAUGGCAAUGUUCAGGUCAUUCAAAGGGGGAAGACUGCCUGCUACGACUGCAAAGAGAAACAGGUACCCAAGUCGUUUGCGAUUUGCACGAUCAGGUCUACCCCAAGCCAACCAAUUCACACCAUUGUCUGGGCCAAGAGCUACCUCCUACCUGAACUAUUUGGCGUCAGUGAAGCUGCUGCGAUGAACCUGGAUACUUCAGAAAGCGCCAACAAUGCUGAAGAGAUUGAGAAGCUGGAAAAAGAGACGGCGCAAUUAAGAGAACUGAGGGAGGCCAUGGGAUCCGAUGACUUUGUCCGGAAGGUCUUCGACCAGGCCUACAAGAAAGACGUUGAGCGUUUGCUCAGCAUGGAAGACUACUGGAAAAAUAAGAAAGCUCCUAUACCUCUCGACUACGAGACGAUUGCAAGUGGUUCUGAAAACAUAGACCCUUUGGUUGCCAAACUUGAUCAGGAUGUGUGGACACUUCAACAAACCUUUACUGUUUUCAAAGACUCCUUGUUGCGCCUCUCAAAACGUCUUGCGGAAGAGCGAGCGGCGGCGUUAAGGGAAAAUCAAUUGGAACCUGUCAUCGAGUUCGACAAGGACGAUGAAGAUACACUCGAUUUUGUUACGGCUGCGGCCAACCUCCGCUCAGCUGCCUUCAACAUUGACCCGAAAUCCAAGUUUGACACGAAACAGAUGGCAGGCAAUAUUAUUCCAGCGAUAGCAACUACUAAUGCAAUGGUUGCUAGUUUAUGUAUAUUACAGGCUUACAAGGUCAUUAAGGGCGACCUGGGCCGGACAAAGGAGCUUUUCUUGUCAAAGGCGAAUAUGACUGGUGAUUCUAGUGACUUACCAAACCCGAACUGUAUGGUUUGCAGCAGGGUAAUGAUGAGAACGAAGAUCGAUCUCGAGAAAGCUACUGUAGGAGACCUGGUCGACAUCCUCAAACUCGAACUUGAUUAUACUGGUGAUAUUACGAUCACCACUGAAUCAUCGCAAAUGACGGUCUUCGAUUACCUGGAUGACGACGACGACGACGAGGAUUCUCUUGCUAAGCGACGGGAUAUGAAAUUGGUUGAAGUCGGUGUCGGGAAUGGGACGUCAUUAAUUGUGCUAGAUGGAGGAGAUGACGAGCCCCGUGUCGAUCUCCAGCUCUUCGUUGAAGACAUGAAUGCUGAACGAGAGCAAGCACUAGUGGUGAAGUUUGUGUUCAAUGACGGAGAAAAGCCGGAAAUACCACGAAAGCCUGCGAAGAAGCCCACAGAGAUGAAUGGCACAACGACUUUGGAUGGUGAGGCUCAGUCUGCAGCCACUGGAAGCAAGAGAAAACGAGGGCAAGACGAUGAAGUCGAAGAAAGUGCGCCAGCCAAGAAAUUACAGACAAGUGCCAAUGGCGCUACGCAGGAGGACGAUAUAAUAGUGAUUGAUGAUGAAGGCGCGAUUGUCCUUGACUGA